UGGCGUGUAGAUCCCCAUAGUUGCUCUGGAAGCGAUUGUGUCGUGUUAAAUUUCCCGAAGAGGUUUGCAGUUUCUUUUGUUAAAAACAGAGAAAAUAGAAGUCGUUGGUGACUCAUUUUGAAUUUUUAAUACACCUUGUUCAGGAAUCCGUGUUUAAUUUCUUACCUGAAGAGCAGGAGAUAUGAGCGGGGGAGUGUAUGGAGGCGAUGAAGUUGGAGCUCUUGUGUUUGACAUUGGAUCAUAUACUGUAAGAGCUGGCUAUGCAGGAGAGGACUGCCCAAAAGCAGAUUUCCCAACCCAUAUUGGGAUGGUAGUGGAAAGGGAAGAUGGAAUAACACCAAUGGACACAGAUGGAGACAAAGGAAAACCAGGAGGCACAUCUUAUUACAUAGAUACCAAUGCACUUAGAGUUGCCAGAGAGAACAUGGACGUCGUGUCGCCCCUGAAAAAUGGCAUGAUUGAAGAUUGGAAUAGCUUCCAGGCUAUUUUAGAUCACACAUACAAGAUGCAUAUAAAGUCAGAAGCAAAUCUGCACCCCGUGUUAAUGUCUGAAGCUCCGUGGAAUACCCGAGCCAAGAGAGAGAAGCUGACUGAGUUAAUGUUUGAACAUUACAACAUUCCAGCUUUCUUCUUGUGUAAAACGGCGGUACUGACUUCAUUUGCAAAUGGCAGGUCAACAGGACUAGUGUUGGAUAGUGGUGCCACACACACUACAGCUAUUCCUGUACACGAUGGAUAUGUACUUCAGCAAGGUAUUGUCAAGUCACCUCUGGCUGGAGAUUUUAUCAGCAUGCAGUGUAGAGAGCUGUUUCAGGAGCUAGGUGUUGAAAUUGUUCCUCCAUACAUGAUUGCAUCAAAGGAACCUGUGCGUGAAGGAGCCUCCGCCAGCUGGAAGAAAAAAGAAAAACUACCUCAAAUCACAAGGACGUGGCAUAACUACAUGUGUAAUAAUGUAAUUCAGGAUUUCCAAGCUUCAGUUCUUCAAGUGUCGGAUUCUCCCUAUGAUGAACAAGUUGCAGCACAAAUGCCCACUGUUCAUUAUGAGCUACCAAAUGGUUAUAACUGUGAUUUUGGAGCAGAAAGGCUGAAAAUCCCUGAAGGCUUAUUUGAUCCUUCAAAUGUGAAGGGUCUGUCAGGAAAUACCAUGCUCGGUGUUGGACAUGUUGUAACCACCAGCGUGGGAAUGUGUGACAUUGAUAUCCGACCAGGACUUUAUGGUAGUGUAAUAGUAACUGGUGGAAAUACACUUAUACAAGGUUUUACAGAUCGACUAAACAGAGAGCUUUCUCAGAAAACACCACCUAGCAUGCGUCUGAAAUUAAUUGCAAAUAACACCACAGUGGAACGCAGAUUUAGCUCUUGGAUUGGAGGGUCCAUUUUAGCCUCAUUGGGUACAUUCCAGCAGAUGUGGAUAUCAAAACAGGAAUAUGAAGAGGGAGGAAAACAAUGUGUAGACCGAAAAUGCCCGUAACUGCAGCAAUAAAACCUUUUUUGCCUUUUGAAAUAAAACCUGGGGCUAGUUUAGAUUCUCCUCCUCCCCAUGCACUCAGGAAUCCCAAGAACAUUUUCUGCCUAUAGAAGUUAUUUUUACACUUUAUGUACAUCAGUUUGUAAAUUGCAGGCUAUGGAUUCUGUUUUUUUUACAUGAAAACAAUGUUUUGUUAAAAGUUUUAUUACAUCUUCUAUUUGACCUCUUUAUUUUUAAACAAGAGCUUUUAUAAAACUAUAUUUUGAUAUCAAACAGUUUGUAUUGAUAGAUUAAAACAUGUACAAGCAGUUUGGUGAUUUUUUUUUUUUUUGUUUUUUUGUUAAAUGUGACUGGAGUUAAGUUCCAUGAAAUGGAGGCUAAAACAAUGUCAGCCAAUAAAAGGCUAUUUGUUACUCUAA